CAGUCAGUGUCUCUUUUAUUUAGAGGACCUUCUUUUGUUUGGUUAAAUUUAAUGUGAUCAUAUCAUUGCUACAAAGCUACAUACUUCCACGCUUCGUAUUUCCUUUCUUUCUAUAUAUUUAUUCAUCUAUACAUACCAAUUAUAAAACUAUAUUAAAAUUGCAUAAUUGGUUGGUUGUUUGGUUAUGUGCAUUUCUAUUUUCCAGUGUACGGCCUCCUGUUUUUUCAAUGCAUUAAAAGCAGUGACAUGAAGGACCUGCAUGUGAAAUCUUUUACAAUUGGAUCACAACUCUCCUCUCUCUCUCUCCCAAUAGUAUCUUCUUUUUUGAUUUUGAUAUGGGAGUGGAGAAAAUUGAGUCAUUGAGCUUAGAUGGAUGACCAAAGCCAUGUGAAAUCUCUUCAUGAAAUGGGGUCCUCUAAAGCUUACCUGGAUGUCAGACUUUCUGACCUCACAUCCACCUGUACUAUCAUUCCUUCCCUAUAAAUACACAACACUCCAUAAUUCCUUCUCAUUCCAACAUUUCCUCAUAACAAAAAAUAUAUUAUAUAAAUAUUAUCCAUCAUCAAACUACAGAGAAAGUCUAAGCUAAAGCCAUCAGAAUCAAGUUUUAGAGUUUCCCACUUGGAAUACUUGAAGUUUACUCAAAUGGGUAUUAUUAGAUUGCCAUCAACUAUUCAGAAUCUUAAGCAAGCUCUCAAGCUUCACUCAUCAACUGCUGGAGCUAAGCAUCACCACCACCACCAUUCUGGUGUCCCAAAGGGCCAUAUUGCAGUUUAUAUUGUGGGAGAAAUUCAAGAGAAGAAAAGGUUUGUCGUUCCUAUAGCUUAUUUGAACCACCCAAAAUUCAAGGAGUUGCUAAAGAAAGCAGAGGAAGAGUUUGGUUUUGACCACCCAAUGGGUGGUUUGACCAUUCCAUGCAGAGAAGACACUUUUGUUCAUAUCACUGCUCAAUUAAAUGUUGCUUCAUGUUGAAGGCUGAUAUUGAGAGUAACUCCACAUUUUUUUGGGUAGUAGUAGAGGCUGUAGAGAUUUUUAUGACAUGUAAUUAUGCUAUUAGACAAGGGUAUUAGGUGGUUUUAAUUGAUAACCAUCUAAAAUCCAUUGAGAAAUGAAAUCAUUUCCUUUUAAAUCCUCU